AUGCCGAAAACGACAUAUCACAUCGAACCUUUGGAUAAGGAUAACUAUGAUACCUGGGCGAUACAAGCUGAUGCCGUGCUAAUAAAAAACAAACUUUGGAAAAUAAAUAAAAUGGAACGGUUUCUGCGUCCCGAUAAACUGAACAUUGAUCCAACCGGUAAUUCCGCCUCCAAGGAAUGGGAGCACUGGAAGAGGACGUUCGAGAGUUUCUUAUCGAACUUUACAAAGGAAACAGCUGGUAUGAAAAUAGACAUACUUAUAAACCACGUAUCUCCAACAAUCUUCGCAUACAUAAGUGAAUGUACUACCUAUGAAGAAGCCCUAGACAUACUCGACAAACUAUUCAAUAAACCAAAAAAUGUAGUCUAUGCCAGGUAUAUACUAGCUACUAGGAGACAAAAGCACGAUGAGAGCAUUGAUACUUAUAUGCAGGUGCUAAAAUUAUUAGCGAAAGAUUGUCAAUUUGGAAAGGUUGAUGCUGAAACGAAUAAAUCCGAUAAUAUUCGAGACGCAUUUAUUACUGGUCUCAAUUCGAGUAAAAUCAGGCAGCGAUUGUUUGAAAAUCUAACUCUAUCUCUUGACAAAGCCUAUGAUCAGGCGAGAUCGUUAGAAAUGGCGGAGAUGAAUUCACAGAGUUACGAAUCUUCAAAUUUGAAUGCUGUACAAGGUUCAUCAAAGGAAGAAGAAUCAUCAGCAGCGUCUUUCUUCAAGCGAAAAUGUUUCUUCUGUGGGGGUCGCGUGCAUCCUAGAAAAGAUUGUCCAGCACUCGACUCUACCUCGGCAUCGCCGGACUCGCUUAGAAAGGCUACUGUAACGGCGUACGUUCAAGGGAUACGCGCCCAAGCAUUAAUCGAUACAGGCAGCUCAAUUAGUUUUAUGGAUGAGGAAUUCUUUAAUCUCUGUCGUUUAAAAAAGAAACCGAGUAACCAGAGAAUUUCAAUGGCUUCGACUACUCUUACUUCCAAAGUAGAGGGACAAACUAGCGUCUCUGCCAAAAUUGGAGAUUAUGAGUACAAAAAUCUGAAUCUACUCAUAGUAAAGAAUUUAUGCGCUGAUCUCAUCAUUGGACAUGAUAUUCUGCAUCAACACUCUUCACUAGAGUUUUCUUUUGGUGGUUUGAAGGAACCUAUCAAAGUUAAUGUGUGCAGUGUUGCUGCAGCUACCGUGCCUGCCGUACCACUGUUUUCUAAUGUAUGUCCUGAAAUUAAGCCUGUUGCUAUAAAAUCGAGAAGACAUAGUGAGGAUGACAAAGAAUUUAUAAAAGAGGAAGUCAGGAAACUUUUGGCUGAUGGAAUAAUCGAAGAAAGCACGUCCCCCUGGAGAGCUCAAGUCCUUAUCACAAAAAAUGUCAACCAUAAGAAGCGUCUUGUCAUCGAUUAUUCCCAAACUAUAAACAGAUAUACUCAUUUAGAUGCGUACCCUCUACCAAACAUAGAGGAGCUGGUGUCACAAAUAUCUAGAUAUCGUAUAUUUAGCGCUAUAGAUUUGCAAAGUGCUUAUCAUCAAGUUCCUAUUUUGCUCGAAGAACGUCAUUUUACGGCUUUUGAGGCUUUAGGAAAUUUAUACCAAUUUCUCCGAAUUCCAUUUGGCGUUACAAACGGCGUCUCAAGUUUUCAAAGGACGAUUGAUUGGGUAAUCCGAAAAGAAGAUCUCAAGGGAACGUUCGCUUAUCUUGAUGAUAUUACAAUUUGUGGCAAGACCCAGCUUGAACAUGACAAAAAUCUUAAGAAAUUCUUGGCAGCUGCCCAGAAAUAUGGCCUCACUCUCAACAAAGAAAAGAGUAAGUUCUCACAAAACUCUAUUAAUAUUCUGGGUUAUAACAUAGAAGACAACAUUAUCAAACCGGAUGCAGACCGCUUGCGCCCACUUCUGAACUUACCACCACCAUCUGAUCUAUCAUCACUGAGAAGAGUGAUAGGAAUGUUUGCACACUAUAGCAAGUGGAUUUCAAAUUUUUCAGAAAAAGUUCACGAUCUUACUAAUGCAAGGAUAUUUCCAUUAAGCGACAAUUUAGUCAAAAACUUCAAUGUACUCAAAUCAGAUAUAGCCAAAUCAAGUAUUCAUGCAAUUGAUCAUAACGCACCAUUAACCGUGGAAACAGACGCGUCAGAUCAUUCUAUCGCAGCAACUUUGUCACAGGCUUCUCGGCCUGUUGCCUUUUUCUCCAGAAUGCUAAACAAAAGUGAACAUAAUCACUCGGCGAUAGAAAAAGAAGCUUACGCUAUCGUCGAAUCGCUGAAGAAAUGGCGUCAUUUUCUUAUCGGCAAACCCUUCCGGCUUAUCACUGACCAAAGAUACAACGAUGAACUUGACAGCGACAGAGAGGCUAAGUCAGAACUUAUUUUACUGAUUGCACCUUCACAGCUAAAGGACAUCAAGAAAUGCACUUCUGCGAAAGCCCUAUGGGACAAAUUAAAGGAAAUACAUGCAAGUAAAGGCCCUGAGAGAAAAGCUACUCUUUUAAAACGGUUAAUACUAACUAAACUUGAAGACAGCAAUGUUCGUGAGCACCUGAACAAGUUUAUGGACACAGUAGACAAGUUAGCAGAAUUGGAUGUAGAUAUUAACGAGGAACUACUCACUAUCCAGAUGCUCUACAGUCUUUCCUCUGAAUACGAAAACUUUCGUGUAGCCAUGGAGUCACGCGACGUUCUACCGAAACCUGAGGAACUUAAAAUAAAAAUUAUUGAAGAGAGUGACGCUCGACACCGUGACGUCGAAGUCAGCCCGCCACCACAUGAAGAAGAAAACGCACUCUACGUAUCUUGCAAAAUCUGUAAGAAAUCGGGAUGA